AUGAAGCUGUCAACGCUCCUUGGCUUCGCAGGCCUCGGUGCUGCUCUGCCUUCCCUUGGGUCUAUUAAAAAGUUUGAGCUUAAUCUCACAUGGGACACUAGGGCGCCCGAUGGAGUUGAGCGUGAACAAGCUUUGGUCAAUGGUCAAUUCCCUGGCCCUCCGCUGCUGAUGGAUGAGGGCGACACGGUUGAGGUCACUGUAAACAACUACCUGCAUUACAACACCACAAUUCACUAUCACGGUCUUGAAUGUACCGACUCUCUACUGAUCAACGGAAGAGGAAGAGUGCGCUGUGUCAGCCCCGGAUAUGCCAGCAGCCUGAUUCCCCCUACUAUGUUGUCCCUGCUGCAAGGCAAGAAUUACACCGUUAAAGGAUGUCUUGCGCUUGAUAACACCUACGCUCAAACAACAUAUGCGCCACACAACCUCAGUGCAGUUCCCUCAACCUUGUACAAUGAAUGCAAUGCCACUGAAGCGGAGGAAGCUGUCAUCGACGUCGAAAGCUGGAAGGGGUGGGCAAGUCUCAACUUUAUCGGUUCAGCCAGUAUCUCGGUUCCAACUGUCUCUAUCAACAACCAUUCUAUGUGGGUGUACGAGGUUGAUGGUCAGUACAUUCAGCCCGCAUUGACAGUCAACAAUGGUGGUCGCUAUUCCGCCCUGGUCAAGCUGAACAACACCGCAGGAGACUAUCCCAUCAUUGUCGCCAACUCCGGAUUAAACCAAAAGCUUGCAGGACGCGCUACUCUGUCAUACGCCAAUGGCGAUCCCAAUAUCGGUUCCACCCCCUCUAUCAACUAUGGUGGUAACAGCCUUACUUCUGACGUCGUCGUCCUCGAUGAAUCCACCAUCAAGCCCCUCGUUUCAAACAAACCAAGCCAGCGCGUGGAUGAAACAUACGUGCUCGAUAUUGGACGUUAUGAAAAGGCUUGGAGAUGGUCCCUCAACUCAAACAAUGCGUACAAUCUGGCCCUGGAGGCUGAGAGACCUAUGCUAUGGGAUCCCAAGUCCUAUGAGAACAGCAGCUUGGUUAUCGCUACCAAGAACAAUACCUGGGUGGACAUUAUCUUCAAGGUUGUUGGCGAUUCUACAACCCUUCAGCCGGGUCAUCCGCUCCACAAGCACUCGAAUCCGGUUUAUGUUCUAGGCUCCGGCACUGGCGAGUUCAACUACACUUCCGUCGCAGAGGCUGCCAAGGAGAUGCCAGGGAUGUUCAAUCUGGUUAAUCCUCCCAUGAGAGACACCUUCACCAGCCCAGCAGCCUUCCAAGGACAGGCCUGGAUGGCAAUCCGCUACCACGUGAUAAACCCAGGAGCAUUCUUCAUGCAUUGCCACAUCGACCCGCAUCUCACAGGCGGUAUGGCACUUGCUAUGCUCGAUGGUGUGGAUGUCUGGCCCACUGUCCCAGCUCAGUACGGCCCCAAGGGUCACUGGGGCAAUGCGGCGUAG